AUGGACGUCGACCCGCCAUCUCCACCUCACACAAGGAUCGCGGCCGCUAUCGCUGGCGGCAUGAUCCUGCCCCAGGGGGUCGUGGCCAACGCGCCGUACGUUGGUCACGCGCCCGCAGCGCCGAGUAUCGUCGUCCCGCUGGCUGGUUCUUCGGUCUUGCGUGGAUGGGGCCAGCCACAGUCGCGGGUAGAGGUGCUGACCACUGGCCCGGACGCUGCUGCCCACGCCUUCCGGGCCGUGCAGAAGCAGCGAGAACAGGCCCAGGAGGUGCGCCGGAAGCAGAUGGCCGCGCGUGGCGAUGAUGAUUCGGCCAUGGGGGCCCUCACGGCCGCCUUGACCUACCGAAAUGUGUCUGGGUCCAUGUCGAUGCGGCCAUCGAUGCUCAACGCAGCCAUCAUGGGUCUCUCAGCCGAGCAGCUGCACCAGGUCACCGGUAGCCGGCCGCAGACGGCCCAGCACAACACCCACAGCUGGACGUACGAGAAGCGCCGCGUGGCCCAACCUGUGCUCGACUUCAUGUACCUGGGCCCAUCGUCCGUGGCGCGCGACCGCGACUUCCUGCGCCGUGCCGGCAUCACCAUGUUGCUAGCCACGCGCGACAGCCGCAUGGCCGAGGCCCGCCUGCUGUCGGUUGGCCGCACCGCAUGUGAGCUCGGCAUCGCCGUCCACUACGUCGACGUGUUUGAGGACCGCCGUGGCGAGCUGAUCCGGGCGCUGCCGGGCGUUGUGCGCACCAUCAACGAGCACAUGAUGCAGCAGUUCCAACAGGCCGGCUCUGACAACGGAGCCGGCGCCGGCCGCGUGCUCGUCUUUUGCGAGACGGGUAACGAGCGCUCGGCUGCUGUUGUGGCUGCCUACAUCCUGACCGUCUACGGCGUCAGCCUGAUCGAGGCUCUGCAGUUUGUCAACGCCUGCCGCUUCUGCACUAGCUUUGACGAGGACACCAAGGGCAUGCUGCUGAACUACUGCGAGAUCCUUCAGGCGCAGCGCGACGUUGGUUGCAGCAACGAUGGCGGCGCUGCCGACGCUGAUAUCGACUGCAGUAGCCAGCCUCCUGCCGAGACUAGGUCCUUUCCAUCCCGGGACAGAUCGCUGGUGCCGAUUCCAUCUCGCAACGCCGUCCCGCCCAGAUCGUCGGCCAGUAGGAGCAGAAGCUGGCCCAAGCGACGGAUCGAAGAGACACUAGACGACGAAGAUGACCGCAGAGAGGCGGAGGGAGACUACGCGUUGUCACGGGAGCCGUCGGCCGAAACGCCCCGGUUGCACCUGGAUAUGGCUCGAUAUCUGGAACGCAAAACCUUUGUCCCGUUCUCAGACGUUGCCGGCCUGCAGGUGCCGCCGAGCUAG